UUUUAAAUCUAUGUAGCAGCAUUUUCAACAAAACUAAGAAUGUGUGCUUUGAGGAGAUGAGUUUUUUUCUUCUAAUAAAUUAUAAAGAUUAAGCGCCAUUGAAACACUGAAUUAAGAUAAAUUAUACAAAUGAGAAGUGGCUGUAGUAACUCAACAUUAAGUUAAAAAAAUGCAUAUAUAACUCCCCCUUUAAAGUUCUUAAAAUAUUGGUAGCUUGAAGUACUUAAAUAUUAUAUCAUUUUCAGUUGAAUGCCCCCACAUUUCUGAGUUGUAAUUAAAAUAAAAAGGAAGUGUCUUAAAUGCAAAAAAAAAAAAAAAAAAAAAAACAGACUAUAAUGACACACAAACCACAGCAGACACAAGGAAGUAACCUUUUGGCCACUCAUUUCACCAGGAAGUGAGAGCCUAUCUGCUUAAAACUGUGCUAUUGUCACAUCUCACCCUGACACCCUUCAGGUACCAGCUGUUUUUAGUGAGGUAUCAUUCCAAACUUUAUAACAGAGUACAGAGCACAUAAGGAUGGGUUUUGAGGAGGACCUGCGUUGUCCCCAGGCUCACACGGCUUUACUGCGUCUGCUGGACUCAGAGCUGCGUCUGAUGGAGGUCAUGAAGAAGUGGAUGGGGCAGAGAGCGAAGAGCGAGCGGGACUUCUCCGCUCAGCUCCACCAUAUGGCAACACUGGUGGACCGACUGGACAGACCCCAGUCCGGACCCGGGGUGGAACACAUCAGCCAACUAAAUAAGUCUUGGGGGGUGCUGGUUGCUCAGACAGAGAGCCUAAGUCAGUUGAUGAAGCAGCGCUCUGAGGACCUCCAGGACGGUCCCAUCAGCAAACUGACCCUGCUCAUACGGGACAAACAGCAACUUCGCAAAAACUACGCCGAGCAGUGGACUGCCCUCAGACUAGAGCUCACCAAGGUGACUCAAACAGAGCUGGAGAGGCUGAAGAACAACUACAGGCAAGCAGUGAAAGAAACCGCUCUGGCCAAAAGAAAAUAUCAAGAAGCCAACAAAGAGCGAGAGCAGGAAAAGGCCAGAGAGCGAUACGUGAAGGUGUCAGUCAAACUCUACGACGUCCACAACGAGUAUGUGCUGUCAGUCCACGCGGCGCAGGUCUACCAUGAGCAGCACUACAGCCUCAUCCAGCCUGCUCUGCUCCGCGCGCUCCAGAAGCUUCAGCAGGAGAUGGUGCUUAUACUAAAGGAGAUUCUGCUGGAGUACUUUGACAUCUCCACUCUGUUGCAUCAUGAAGUGGUGCGUGUCCACAAAGAGAUGUCUUCUGCCCUAGCAGCCAUCAACCCUCACAGCGAGUAUGAAAGCUUCAUUCAACAAAACAGGUCUGUGGGGGAAGACCCAGCUAGUGCCGACUUUGAUUAUAGCAUCUUAGAAGAGAAUGAGCAACUUAACUCAACUGAGAUAGAGCUGAAUGACCUUACACUCGAGACCAUCCAACACAAGCUAACAGCCGUGGAGGAGGAAUUGAUGGACCUUGCUCGCACUCUGGGCACUAAGCAAGCAACAGUGGAGCAACUCGAGCAGGAGUUACGGAGUGAGAGAGAAGGGGUCAAGAAAGGUCAAAGGGUCUACCAGUUCAGCAAAAGUCAUGCCCUAGAGGAGAGCCAGCAGCAGGUGUUUUUGUCUCAGGGAGUGCGGGCCAAACUAGAGGUUCAGAGGCUGCUGCUCAAAGAGAAACUGGACCAGCUGGGCUCCCAGGACCCACCUCCUGCUCUGGAGCUCCACACAGUGUCCAUCUCCUCAAACACAAGCAACGACAAGCAUCAAGGUUCAUACAAAGGAAGAGAUGGACUCAUAAGCAACAUAAGUGGCCUGUUUAAAGCUAAAAUUGGGUCGCCUUCAUCUAUAGAUGUUGACCGUCCUUUGGCUCAGCAGAACUGGUACCACGGGGCCAUCCCCAGACUUGAGGUUCAGCAACUACUGCAGAAUGAUGGGGACUUUCUGGUGCGAAAAAGUCAAGAGAAGCCUGGCUAUGUGCUGUCGGUGCAGUGGGACCAAUCUUGCAAGCAUUUCCUCAUUCAGGACGCAGAUAACAUGUACCGUCUGGAUGGUGAGAGUUUCCAGAGCAUUCCCAAAUUGAUCCAUCAUCUUUUCUCCACUCGUCAACACGUCACCAAGAAGACGGAAAUCGUGCUCAAGAAACCAGUCAACAAGGACAAAUGGGUUUUAGAUCAUAAUGACUUGAUUCUGGGGCCACUUCUUGGGCGGGGUAACUUUGGGGAGGUGUACAGAGGAUAUCUGUGUGCUGACAACACCCCUGUCGCAGUGAAAUCUUGUAAAGAGAGUUUGGCUCCAGAGCAAAAAAGCAAGUUUCUGAUGGAGGCCAGGAUCUUAAAGCAAUACGACCAUCCAAACAUUGUGAAGCUGAUCGGGGUGUGCACCCAGAGGCAGCCCAUUUACAUCAUUAUGGAGCUGGUUCCAGGGGGGGAUUUGCUCUCCUUCUUGCGCACUGAGGGUCUGAAUCUCAAGCCCAAGAUGCUGGUUAAAAUGACAGAAAACGUAGCAUCUGGAAUGGAGUACCUGGAGAGCAAGAACUGCAUACACAGGGACCUGGCAGCUCGGAACUGCUUGGUUGGAGAGAAGAAUAUGGUAAAGAUCAGUGACUUUGGGAUGUCCCGUCAAAACGAUGAUGGCGUUUACUCUGCAGAGGGGGGACUCCGGCAGAUCCCCGUCAAAUGGACUGCUCCUGAAGCCCUUAACUUUGGUCGUUAUACAACAGACAGUGACGUGUGGAGUUUUGGGAUCUUAUUAUGGGAAGUGUUCUCAUUGGGCAUGACACCUUAUACAAGUUUUACCAACCAACAGACAAGAGACCAGGUGGAGAAAGGUUACCGCAUGCCUGCUCCAUCUGGGUGUCCUGUUGAAAUCUCAAGAAUUAUGAAUACCUGCUGGGAAUAUGAACCACAAAAGAGGCCUUCUUUUAAGAAACUUCGAGCUGAACUUGCAUCCAUAUACAUUAAAAUAAUUUAAGUCAAUGAAGUUUUACAACAAAUAUGUAACAAUGUAAUAUUUAAAUUGUACUGUGAUGUAGCUUGUCGUGUGUUCAUAGAAUUUGCCUUCUGUGCUGCCUCAAAAACAAUGUUGUGUAAAAAUAUGUUUUUGUAAUACACAGGAGUAAACCAUUUGGUGGCAAUCUUCCCUCUUUA